GACAACUCCGUCGGACAUUUGUGUUUACACGUCGCAUAUAACGUGGGUUACUGUCAAAUGAGCUACAUUCAUGAAUAAACGGUAAUACAACCUCUAAAAAGUAUUGUGUUACUAAGAAUAACAUGGCUAAAAAGCGCCAAAGUGAACACGCGGCGGAGGAAGACUUCCCGGCGAAAAAAGAGAAGUGUGCAGAGUUCAAUGGAACUGUAUUUAAAACCAUGCUAAAAGAUCCAACGCAGGCUAUGAAGGGGCUGGAGAAGUUUAUAUCAACAGCAAAGAAACUACCAUGCCCAGAUCUGUAUGAUGUGGUUGAAGGCUAUAUUAAAAUUUCUAUGGAAUGUGCAGAGAUUUUCAGAUUGUUGGAAGGAGAAACACAGGUUGAGUCUGAGUUGAUCUUAAUUUUUGAGAGCUUGGAGAUGAUUCUUCUGAGAACCGCCAGUGACCUCGCUCACUUCAGCACUGUUGGAAAUGCUAUAGUGAAGAAGAUUGUUACCAGCCACAUGAAGAGCCUCCUGGGUUCUCUGCAUUCCAGUAAUCACAGAUUUGUGCGCCAGUGUUUGAAUUUCCUGUCUGCACUGGUGGCUCAGGGCCCAGAAGCUGCCAGAGAAGUUUUAAGCCACAUUCAUACUUACAAGUCUAUGUCCGGUUUAGCAAAAAAGAGAGAUAAACAGGGGAAACCAGAUGUCCGCAUGGCCUAUAUCCAAUUUGUGUUGUCCUUUUUGGUCUCUGGAGACCAUGCUACUGUCGGACAGAUACUUGAAGUAAAAGAAUUUCUGCCGGAGAUUCUGAACACUGGUCUAAAAGAGGACAGACUCUCUGUUGUCAAUCUGAUUUUGACCACACUCAAGAGCAGGGUUUUUCUAAACAAAGGUAUCAGUAAAACUCAGAAAGUGCACUUCUUCACACCAGCUAUGUUGGCAAACUUGGCAUCACUGUAUAAAUGGAACGGCAUUGUUGAUGCUGCCACUGAGGAAGACUCUAUGGAGGAGGAUUCACAGGCUGGAGUAUCAGUGGUCCGGGAUCAGGUGCACAACUUUCUUGUAGACCUGUGUUGCUCUCGUAAACAUGGCAUUAGCUUUCAUGAUGCUAACUUUGGAACUGUUGGCAGAGCUGGAAACCUUGUCCUCCUGCAGUUUCUAGUGGGACUGAAGCAGGCUUCAGAGGAUGAGUUGGUGGCAGAGCUGGUGGUAAAAGUUUUGAAGGCCAGUCCUGAUAUUCUGUCCCGAUAUUUCAAAGAGACGCAACACGCAUAUACACCUCGCCCUAAGAGUGCCUGGCAGGACAGCAUCAACCUCAUGAAGAAGAUCUAUGAAGCUCAGCCAGACGUUUCCACCAUCUUCCAGAGUCAGGAGACUGUGCCCAGCAGCCGUCUGCUCAGCAUAAUCCAUGUACUGUCUCUGCCUCCUGUCUGUAACAAGGCCUUCUUCACACAGGGACUCAAUCUCCCUAACACAGCAGUGCAGCUCACCACCUUCUCUGUGAUGAACUUCAUAUUGAAGAGAGCACACUGGAAUCUGGUGAAGCUCCAGGAGAGGGCCGUCUGCAAUUCCGCAGACAUGUUGAGUGCAGACAACAUGGCCAACCCGAUCCAGCUUUACAGAGAGAGUCUCAGCAAAAUUUUGCCGGAUAUGAUGACAAUUGUUGGAAAGUGGCAGGCUCUGAGUAAGAAGGAGAAAGUAGCGAGUGAUGCAACAAAACCAGAGAAGGAAGAAAUUAAAGAUGCUGGUGAAAAAGAAGGACAAGAGGCAGAGACUGCAGAGGUGAUUUUACUCAAAGCUCUGAUUCUUCAGGUGAUUUGUCUGUAUCAGAAAGUGGUGCCACAUCUGGUGGGACAGUGCAAAUUUGAUUUCAGCAAACUCCUGAAAGGGAUCUUGUCUGAGGGAGGCGUAAAGGAGGAGGUCCCCCCGGUUCUGCAGUAUCACAUUCUGCGGAUAGCUCUAGAGCUGCCCUCCAGCAAGUUCUCCUGGUUCCGUCUACAGGAUCCUGCAGAAAGUAAUUCAUCUUCCUUGGAGCAAUCGGUCCUUUAUCAGAUUUUGAACAUGUUUGUGAGCAGCAGCACGAGCCACAUGAAGACCUUCACUAGGCAGCUGGUUCUAAAGGUCUUAAAGGACAUUGGUGUGUUUGAAUACACCUGGACAGAGCUGGAGCUGUGGCUUGACCAACUCAUUGCUCUCGAGCCAAGUCAACAGGAAAAUGUCAUCCUUUUUGUUGAAAAGGUACUGGUGAAGCUCGUGUCCUCCUCUCAUGUGUACACUGACAAAGUGGCCAGUCUGGUCCAGGAGGCAGCUUAUGUGCAAGCCAACCUCAGUGGACAGGAGGGGGACACUGCCAGUAUAGCAGUCUCACAUAUAGAUGACGGGCUGGACAUGCUGGAUGUGAUAAUGGAGAGCAGUGACGGGGAGAUGGAGGAGUUUGGACCUCCUCUGAGUGAAGAGCUCAUCAUUCAGACAUUUCCCUUCAGUGCUUUGGUGCCUGCCGCACUGGAGGCAAGGAACAAAUUGCCCUCUGAAAAAGAUGUGGUGUUUGAAUACCUGAGCUCUGUCUUAUGUCAGGUGCUGCACUAUCAGAGAGACCCCCUGCCCCUGUGCCUAGCCCUGCUGCACUAUGACAAAGAGCUGCUAUCCUCCCAGCCCUCACUUCCUCUUCACCCCUCUGUGCUCCAUCUGCACCAGUACUACUCCAGAUGGCUCCCUCAACAGAGUGACAAACUUCUGUUCAAGUCUGUGGAAUUCAUCCCAAAAAAUCUUCAAGCCCCAGCUACUACAUUCAGUGCUCUCUUAACAAAAGCAUACAUCCAAGGACCCACUGCUCUGACCAAAGAUGAGUUUGUAAAUACUAUACACGCAUCUAUGUCCAGCGCUGAUUUUCCUAUCGCCAUCAAACAAGUGCUGCUCUACAUCAAGACCACAGUGGAGGACUUUGGCUCUUUUUCCAACGAUAAGGGAAUUGCUGUGUUGAAGAACCUGCUGAGAAUACUGCAGCUACUAGUGGUGAGGCUCCUGAUGAUUGAUGAAGACACACCAUCAGAACCAGCCAGAGACACUUCUCAUGAGGGAUCUGACCUUUUCCUGGAGGUCAACCAGCCAUCUGAGGAGGAAGCAGCCAGAGAGCAGGUCAUUAUUUCCAGCUUGUCCUCCAUCUUGAAGCAUCCCUGUGUGCAGCAGUGGUUCUUGGCUGUGGAGCAGGCCACCUUACCCCUUCACAAAGUCAAACCCGUGCAGCUAAAGCAACUGUGCUCCCUGAUGACCGAACAAAUCCAGGCCAUGCUUGUUCUCACCUCGCCUACACUUAAAGACCUCAACCAACUAGACCUCCUCAAAUACUUUACUGACGCCAUCGUUAAAACCGUUCUCAAAGAGCUAACCGAGAUAAACGUUCAACUGACCAAUAACAAAUCCCAAGCGAUGAGGGCUCUUACUUCACUUUUCUACUACAUGGAGUUUUCAGAUAUUAAAGAUGUGGUUUCGAAGCUACUAUUACUACCACAAAAUAUCAUUUUUUGUAUAAGCGAUGAAGGAACCCAGCUUAGUGUCUAUGGUCACGCCGCUUUGCAAAUUCUCACCCAAAACAGUUCUUCUGAGUAUAUAUUUUUGCCCCAGGCUCACCUCAGCAGCCUGGGGACCUUGCUUUUGUCUUGCUCUAGUCCAGAAUUAGAAGCCUUCUUUCUGCAAAUACUAACCAAAGAGCCAAGCAGUGCCAAGCUUAUUCAUACCAAGGUUUUGUUGCACUGUCUUCAACAAAAGCGGGUAGACAGUCUAAAGCUGGCAGGUCUUCUGCUACAGAACUGCAGUAGGCAUAGGCUCUGCUUUGAAAAGUGGUGCUUGGAGCCAGGAAGCAUGGAGGAGGUAGUCAAAGAGAUGGACAUGUUUCAUUCACUGAUUAAUGUGUACCUUGAGCUAGUGAGGAAAGAAGAUCCUGCCAGGCCCAAAGAUGUGCAAGAACAAGUAUUGAAGACAUUGAAGCAUGCCCUGUUGCCCAAAUUGUCCCAAAGUGUACUUGAAAAUCUCCAUGAAACAUCUGGUUUGGAUCAUGUUGAAACUCUUUGCAGUUUGAUCAAGCUCUCUUCUGAUAUUAAAGAUAUUAAAGAUCUCAGUACCAAGCUCCCCACUGUCCUAAAGACUACAGAAAAUUUGAAAAGGUGGCGGCUUGUUGACGUUAUCUCAGUGAAGCUGGCUGAGAGCCCAAAGGUGAGGGAAUGUUGGAGGAAGUCUGUGCUCUCUGCUGCCCUUGUGUGUAUGAAGGCUGUGUACCGUCAGUUUAAAGAUCCAGAGGCCUCACAAUGUGAACAGGAGCAGAGCAUUUUGGAGACACUGCAAAGACUCCUGACUGGCGCAGAUGACAUCCCUGCAUCUGAAUGGAACAGUUUUGUCAAAACUGGACUCAAAUAUCGGUACAAACAUGCUCCGUUCCUCACCUCCCUCAACGGCCUGGUAGAGGUAAUGUAUAGAGAGGUAGAGCAUCACAUGGACCUGUUGCCUUUAACCACCCUCCACAUGAUGAGCUCCAGCCACUCCCUGUUCCUGCCCUGUAUGCUGGACUUUCCUCAGGAGCAGACUGGGACUCAGGCUAAAGAAGCUCUGGUGUCCCUGCUGCUGUGCCUGGUGAGGAGAUGUCCCUCAGUCUGUAACAUGAAUCACUUUGUGGUGCUGUUGGGAGCCUACAGAGCCUCUCUCAGCACUUUAGAUCAGAACUUGCUGCUACUUAUACAAGAAUACGAAAAGAACAAUGUCAGCCUCUUGAAAUUCCAGUCAUUUGUGUGGGGGCCUGCUGCCAUGGAGCAUCAUAAGGCAAAGAAGUCUCUGGGCUCGUCCCUAUGGAAGCAGACCAACCCAGAGGAGCUGUUGGCCCUGCUUAAACCUGAUGCCAUGAUCCAGUCCAUCGCUCAUUUCCCACAGCAACGCAAGCUCAUACCACAGAAUGACGAGCCACUCUUCCAAGCAGACAACUUAAAGGACCCUCAGAGUUUAUAUGACCCACGAUUUCUCCUGCCUCUCUUCAGUGCCAUUUUGAGACCAGAGUCUGCUGUCGACUGCCUGAAGUUUGUCUCCUGCCACGCUCUGGGAUUCACUGCAAUGGCAUUGAGCAGCUACGACCCCAACAUAAGAGCUGCGGCCUACCAUGUGCUCACCUGCUUCUACCAACAUCUGGAGGGAGCUCGUUUCAAAGAGAAAAAACAGCUGCUGUACUUGGUGGACAUCCUGAAGAACAGUGUCCGGAAGCAGAAUCAGAGGCUCCCGUUCAUUCUGACCACGUACAUCUCCAAAGUCCUGCAGCAGAUCCUCAAACCAGAGGACCACAUGUACAUGGUUUUAAAUCGGUUCCUGUUGUCUCACCAAAGUCUGGAUUUCAGAAGAGUCCCGGAGUUCUUCAAGCUUUUUUAUGGCUUUGACCUGGAGCACAAGCUGGAGCGUGAGUGGAUCCUGAGCGUACUGGAAGAGGGCAUCAGUGAUCAAUCUUGUUAUCAACUGUGUGAACAACAAGGAGUGUUCCAGAGUGUGCUGGGCUUCUGCAGUUCACCCCUGUGUGAUGAUGACACACAGGCUCAGAUCCUUCGCAUGUUGUGUCAUGCUGCCAAAGUGACCCGAGCUGCCUAUAACCUGACCAAAAGCUGUGGACUGCUCAGCUGGAUCAUACAGCUGCUGGACAAACAAAAACUGGACCAACAGCUGCUAGGUGCCAUCAUUGAGCUGGUCCAUGCGCUCUGGCUGACUAACCUAGGGCAGAAGGAGGCACAGCUGGAUGGGCUUAAGUCUGUCCCACAUGAGGAGAAACCAGAGAAGGCCCUGAAGUGUCUUCCCCUUCCCCUCACCUGUGAGUUUGUCUGCGUGGCAUCGACCAUCACCAAGCACCUCAGGUUGGGUGUGAAAGCCAGUCACUUCCAUAUGCUCCUCCAGACCUACAGCUCGGUGCUUAAACAUUACUUGUCCUCUUUGGAUGUGAGCGCACAGGCGGAGCAGUUCACCCUCCUCCCAGAGCCCCUGUCCUGCACUGAAGCCCUGAGUCUGCUCCUCUGCUGGGCAUCUGUGCACCGUGACUCCCUGCUCCUAAACGACAUCCAAAGUGUGUGCCAAAAACACCAGCUUAAACUACUGCUCACCACAACAAAAGACAAAACCUGCGUGAAAUCUUUCGGCUCGCAGGCUCACCCCAAAAGGGAGCUGCUAUCUUGUGAGACCGUCCCAGAGAGAGCAGAAAAACACACUAUUCUGACCAAGACCCCACUGCCCCUGUGCACCAUCCUCUGUCACUGGACACCUGAGUUUUCCCUCACCCGAGGCCAAACGACACGACCAGGAGACAAAAGAGAGCCCAGCUCUUUGGCCAAGGAUACAGUGCUAUUGCUCACUAAGUGGUCACUCCGGAGUCUACUAGAGAGCUCAAAUACCCAGCAUGUAACACAGGACUUCCUCCACUGGCUGGAAACUGCAGUAAUUGGCCAUCAGCAAAUUGUUGAUGUUCUUUUGCUUGAUACACAGUUUAAAGCAGAUCUCCUCAGAGUGUAUCACCACGUAUUUGAGUCUCAAUGUUCUAACAUAGAAAUAAGUGUUUUAAAAUUGUUUACAAAGAUUAUGAUGCAUUUACUGGAAACCCAAGGCCAGUUACCAGCAAUGCACCAAGCAGUAGUGUCCUCAUGUCUGCCAGAAGAGGAGAGUCAGCGGUCCAGACAUGAUGCUGGGCUGUUCCUGGCUUCCCUUUACAUCCAUGAGCUGUGGAGUCUGGGCCCAUCUACUGAACUGUUCAUGACCCACGUCCGUCUGGUGGCCAAAGACACACCCAAGAACAAGAAGUCAGCCUUAUCGGAGUCCUCUGUCAGAGCCAUCUGUAAUGACAUCAUAACAUCAACCAAAUAACACAUCCACAAGGACAUUCCACCAACAUUCAUGGUCUUACGUUUUAUAUUGUACAUUUACGGCACCGCAUUUUCUACUGUUACUAUGUUAUGUUAUGUGUAUUUCAUUUAUAUACAACCAGUUUUCUUACUAGUUUAAAGAGGGAGUAUUUUACAAAAUCAUCUUUUGGGAACUUUCCACCCUGUUCUAAAGUUCCCUCAUUAAAAACAUGCCUGAAAAGUAAUCUAGCAGUCUCUAACAAGCCAUAUUCAAACCAUGCUUACAGUUAGCAGUACACUUCUGUCUAUAAAUAUACCAAAACAAGAUGCAAAACAUUACACUACAACUUCACAAAUAUAACAAGUUGUGCAGUUGUUUCAUUAGUGGGAUACACGCAAAUUGUGUUGCAGUAACAGAAUGGAAAGCAGGGACCCAUCAAAAACAAAACAAAUUUAUUAUGUUAAUCUGUUAUAUUUGCGAAUAUAGCAUUUUCAAAACAAUCAAAGUUAAUAUAGUGAUCUAAGUAUGUGAUGUGUGAGCAGUUAAUACACCAUAGAAGUGUAAUAUCCCCUCUUUAAAAUACUAGUUCUUGUAAUAUUACUGAUGCAGUAGCAAAUGCAAAUACAAAUAACAGUUAUAACCCCCAAAUGUUAUUGCCGUAAGUUUUGAUUAAUGCCAAGAUUAAAUUAAAGAUAUUUACUUGGAAGUUUGUCAUGAAAUAAUGGUCAGC